UGUUGCAUCCCGUUCUGCCUUGAUUCCUGUAGUGAUGUGGAGCAUCGCUGUCCAAACUGCAAAAGAACCAUCUACAUAUACAAGAGAAUUUGGAAAGAAGCAUUCAUUUUAAUAUGUGGCCUUACUUGAUGUUUAAACUUAAGGGGGAAAUCAAAACGAUAAAAAUACAAACUUAAAAUGUUUUACUUUUUGCUGAUCACUUUUUUUCUUAAAUACUUAAAUACCAAUAUUUUUGUCAAUAUGUUGAUACAUAUCCUCUAUGAAGAUGAUAAAGUGAGCUGAGCCAUGUCAUGUCACCUUUAUUAUUCUCCAUAACUGUUUUGAACUCAUAACUGGUUAAUCAUAUACUACAUAUCUUAAGCAGCCAUUAAAAAACAAAAUAAAAGAAAGCAUUUCAACUUUUUGGAAAACUUCCAAGGCAAGUAUAGUCAUUGGCAUGUAUGUGUUCAACUCCUGGAUGUAACAGUAUGAGGAGCAAUGCUGUGUGAUGUGUUCAAGUGCUUCCACGUUGAGUUGUUCAGGCAAUAGAUGGUCCAUUUGCAGUUGCAGGGAUUCAUAAGUUUGUAAUGCUGGAAUUUUGCUGGCCUCAUGUGGCCAUUCAUUGAAAUAGGCUGUCUGGUAGUUUGUAUUUCAAGUGACAUGUUGAUUUUUUUUCCAACAAAAAAUAUUGGUGGGGUCAUGGCCUUGUGGCAGUCAUGUGACCACUCAGCAAUAUCAACCUGUGACGGAUUCUGUUGUAAUAUGUCAAAGUAAUUUGUUCAGAGGCGAGUUGUUCACACUCACUUAUAGUGCUAGAAGGUAAGAACCGCAAAAUUCUACAAUUGUAUGUUUCCAAAAUAUUUCCAUUUAGAUUAGCGUUGCAACAAUGUGAAAAUGGUGUGGAAAUUCUAAGGAAGCAUUUUUUUUCAUCAUAAUUGAUGUGAGUCACAUGGACUAUAGUCACAUGGACUUAGACUGACAGCUAAAUGAUUAGUUACACUGGGAUCAAUAAAUGGCAUUUUUUAAAAGAUUGGAGCACACAAUCUUACUUUAUGUAAAAAAACGACUUUCAAAUGACUUAAUGCUCCUUUUUGUAUUUUUUUUGUAAUUCACACAGUCACAUGGAAUAAAUGGGAGGAGAAAAGAGGAGGAGAGAGUUCAAUCUGUUCUACCCAAAGAGAUACGAGAUAACUUCCUCUAUUGGCUUACAAACCUCCUGUAGCAGCUGUGUUAAGUCAGCUCUGAAAAAGCCUCCCUACUCUAUUAAGGAUUUGUUGUGAUUUUCGUCACUCACAACCAGGAAGCUCAAGGAAUAACUUUUUUGUGCUGUUGUGGAUCCAAAGUCAACCGGACUUCUGAAGAUGGAAAAAGGUUAUCCAUCACAGGAGGCAGCUCCACCUUACCCAGGCCCACCUGUGAAUUAUGGAGGCACAUUCCCUCAGCCAGGGAUGUAUCCUCAGCCAGGAUACCCCCCUGCAACGCCUCAGGCUGGCUAUCAGGGAGGUUUUGCUCCAGCCCCAAUGGCACCCGUCUCAACAGUUACUCAUGUUACAGUAACACCUGCACUGCAAGAGGUCCCGGCACAAACCGUAUGCCAAUUCUGCCAGCAAUCUGUGGUCACCAGCACAGAGCACAUACCGGGCCUGUUAGCCUGGGCUAUUUGUGGAGGUCUAACCAUCAUUGGAUGCUGGCUCUGCUGUUGUAUCCCGUUCUGCCUUGAUUCCUGUAAAGAUGUGGAGCAUCGCUGUCCAAAAUGUCAGAAUGUUAUCUACAGAUACAAGAGAAUGUAAAGCGUUCUUGUUCUGACUUGGACAGAAAAGUUAGUUCUAACAUGUCAUUAGAGACUGGCUUUCUUUUCAAUAUUCAGGAAUAAAACCCAAAACAAAUAAUAGUUCACUCGUCACUGAUCACUUUUUUUUAAUGAAUGCUUUAACUUGGACAGAAAGUUUGAGUUUCAUGGAGCAACCAGAUAUUUAGAUGAAAAUAUGCCAAUGAAAAGUUUUUCAUCAAACAUUUAAUCAUAUUUGUUUAUUGUACAUUUUACACCACAUUUUGAUGAUUUUUGUAUGCUUAUAGUUUUUUUUGUCUGUUGACAUCUCUUUACUGUAGCCUCUGUGAAGAAGGAUAAAGUGAGCUGAGCCAUGACAUGUCACCUAUAAGAGCUACAAAACUGUUUUAAUCUCAUUACUCACUGCUAUCUGUUUGUUAGAGCUUAAUUUUACUGAAUUAGUUCAGCCUGAAAAGUAUUUAAAUUUUUACAACUUAGUUAUAUUAUUCACCCAGGUGAAUUGUUAAAAUAACACAUCAAGAAUUAAAUAAUGUUGUUGCUUUUGAUAAUAUUGUAUGUUUGAUUAUAAUAAUUCUUCAUCGUGCUUCCUAUCCCAACCAUCCAAAUAAAAUUGGUCUGUUUAGUUUCUGUGUUUGAAUCACUGUUUCUGGUGUUCCCCAUUUUCAGUUUUCACUUGUUACGUUACAUGUUCUGUUU